UCAUCACGGAAGUGUGCUGAUAGUGAGAAUGAUGCGCUGAUUCUGUGUCACAUGCAACGGAACUGGAUACAUGUUGACUGCAGAAUCAACAACUGAAUAACAACCCAAAGCAAAAGCUUCCCCAUUAUUUGUUCUGUGGCUGAUUUAUUUCAUAUGACUUUAUUUAUCUAAUCAUUCUUUGGACAAACUGGAAAGGGAGUCCAAUCUAACCUGAAACCAUAGUGGUGUGCUCCCACUGUAUGUAGGUAUGCCGAGUGGCGUGGACUACAGCGAGCUGGGCGGAAGUCUUCCUGCCAUUGCCUCUCUGAAUGCGUCGUAUUCCCAAGCGUCUCUGUCCCUGCCCUCCCCGUAUUACCGCCCGUUACCCCCAGGAGAGAGGAAAGCCUUCUCUGAUGUACGCCGAACAUUCUGCCUCUUUGUUACGUUCGAUCUCCUCUUCAUCACUUUGCUUUGGAUCAUUGAAUUAAAUAUCAAUACGAGUAUAUGGACUAGUCUUGAAAAAGAGGUCGUUAACUAUAACUUCAAGUCAUCUUUCUUUGAUAUCUUUGUUUUAGCUGUGUUCAGGUUUCUGUGUUUGCAGCUUGGUUAUGCCGCAUUUCGACUGAGACACUGGUGGGUUAUUGCGAUCACAACUCUGGUGACCACCGCCUUUCUCAUUGCAAAAGUCAUCUUGUCAGAUUUGUUUAAUCAGAAUGCAUUUGGCUAUGUUCUUCCCAUCACCUCGUUUGUGGUGGCGUGGUUGGAAACCUGGUUCCUGGAUUUCAAAGUCCUCACACAGGAAGCAGAGGAUGAGAGAGUGUAUCUGGCAGCAGUUAAUGCAGCAUGUGAGCGGGCACCCAUGAUAUGCCCCAGAGCUGUGUCUGAUGGCCAGUUUUACUCUCCACCAGAGUCACUGGCAGGUUCUGAAGAAGACCUUGAUGAAGAGGGUAUGGGCAGGAGAGCAGUAACAGAACAAGAAAAAGAGUUUGUAAGACAGGGACGGGAGGCGAUGGCAGUGGUUGAACAGAUAUUGACACAAGAAGAGAACUGGAAGUUGGAGAAGAGUAGUGAUGUUGGGGAUGCAGUAUAUACACUGGAAAUCCCGUUCCAUGGAAAGACAUUUAUUUUAAAGGCACUCUUGCAGUGUACAGCAGAGCUGGUGUAUCAGGAGGUCAUUCUGCAGCCAGAGAAGAUGGUACAGUGGAACAGGACAGUGUCUGUCUGUCAGAUUUUGCAGAGAGUGGAUGAUAACACGCUGGUGUCAUAUGAUGUGUCUGCUGGAGCAGCUGGAGGUGUCGUAUCUCCCAGGGACUUUGUGAAUGUUCGUCGGGUGGAGCGCAGGCGAGACUGCUACAUCUCUGCAGGAAUGGCGACCAGUCACGGCUGCAAACCACCUCACAGUCGCUACGUCAGAGGGGAGAAUGGUCCUGGUGGAUUUGUUGUGUUAAAAUCCAGCAGUAAUCCUUCAGUUUGUACCUUCAUCUGGGUGCUUAAUACAGACCUCAAGGGUCGCCUCCCCCGUUAUCUCAUCCACCAAUCACUGGCGGCCACCAUGUUUGAGUUCAUGUCUCAUCUCAGGCAGCGCAUAAAUGAAGUCCACGUCUCCUACCGGUGAUCUUAGACAUUUUAUCCAACUUCAAAAUGACACAUCACUGUGCCAUAGUUCAUUGUUCUGUAAACUACAGUUGCUAUGAGCAGAUACAAUGCUAUUUGGAGGUUGUUACGGGCAUCUACAAAACAUUUGGCUGAACUUUGUACGGAAGCACGUUGUGUCGAAUCUCUGUAAUAUUGCAGCACAUGGACAUGAUUUCAGAGCAUACUGUCAAACUCUACAUGACGAGAGGGCAUUGGUUUGAGACCCGGCAUCUACAGGAAGUUGUUGGAGAGCUUCACUUGUGCAGUUUGUGGUAUGUAAAAGGUCUUAAGAAAUAGCUAUAUUAAUCAGUUGUGCCUAAAACCACUGUUUCUGUCGUGGCAAAGUUUCUAAAUGAAAUUCCGAGCCAAUCAUGCUGCGAUUUUUCUUUCUGUUUUUACUUCAGCCUUAAUCAAAUGUGCACACAUAUUAAUACUAUUAAUAAUGAUUGUUUUUUAGUUCUUGUAAUGGUUUGUAAUGAGCUCUUGUUGCCAAAACAUUGAUGCUGUAUUAGUUUAUUAUAAUUUAUAUGUAAUGUAUGUACAUGGCAGCACCUUUCCUGUGAAGGUUAUCAAAACACUGAUCUAAGUCUAAUCGGGUGAAUCUUACGAAACCUGUCAAGAACAUGUCCGGGUCAUAUUUCACCUCAAAAUCAUAAGAAGGAAAACGAUUAUGCCUAUUGCUUAAAGAUGAAGCUUAUUUAAGAACUGUUAAGAUAUGUUGCAUUGUGACAUCAUUUUCAUGGCAAUUUAAGUACAUUUUAUAUGACAGUUCUCAUUACCGUAAUGCAAAAGAAAGAUCUCAUUCUCACUAUUAUAAUGCGAAAACAUAUUAUAUUAUUUUCAUUGUAAAGUAUUAAAACAUGAUGCAUUACAGUGAUUUGACUUUUGGGGAUAAAUGUGCUUAAUUGCAUUGAAAAUAAUGUCACAAUGCAAACAUUUUUAAUGAUCCUAACAAUAUGCUGCAUGUAUAUAUACUUAUACUUUUUUUUUUUUUUUUUUUUUUUUUUUUUUUUUGCUGCAGUGAAAUAUGACCUGGGCAUGUUUUUGUGAGACCCACUAAUGCUUACAGUUAAGAGUAUGAUUAUGAAGAAAUGUCUUUAAUCAUUAUGUCUGAAAUAUUUGUUGUUGACACUGUUGUUCAGAAUAUCUGCAUAAACAAAUGUGCUGCAAUAAGAAAACCUUAGAAACAAACGUCUGUGCUGGUUUUAUUUUUUUCUGAAAAAAAGGUGCAGUGCAGCUCAAACUAUAAGAAACAGGCCCUUGUUAAAAGUUUGUAUUAUUUGAUGAUAUUUCUCCUCUUUCUGGCAAAUGUGUGAGUGUACAACUAAUAAAAUAUUGCUAAAGAGCAUUACUGUCAAUAUUUUAUUAGUUGUACACUCACACAUUUGCCACAUACCCACAUAUUGUUAGAGGAAAUAACAGUCUAUAGUCGUAAAAUGAAACAGGAAACCAAUAUAAAGCUGAUGAUUAGUACUUUUAUUCACUAAUAUAAUGUGAAUGUGUCCUUCCAAUAGCCUUGAAGAGAUUUAAAAAAAAAAUCCUGUUUGCCACUGUUUAAUAGAGAGAAAAAAGCACUCUGAUAUUACAGGGUAUUUGCCUUCUCUUACAGGAAGAACACAUUACAAAUAUAUAGGUCGAUUUAUCCGUAAUGUAGUGAAUAAUUUUGUCGCUCAUGCCAUUUUUUUUAAAUAGUAUUUUGUAUUGCAUCCCUGAUGAUUUGUUUUAAUGUGCCUUUGUUACACUGAAUUCACAGGUUCAGAAUUAUUCAUUUAGUUUUCCUUAUCUAGAUGUUUUUGUACACCUUUAUGACUAUAACCACAUUUGCUCAUUUCUUUUUGCAUAGCCUUAUGAAGUUCACUUGAAUUUACUAUCAGUUCGGGUUCUGUACGAAUGUGUUAUUUUUAUACUGAUUUACAGGAAGGUAAUGUAUAUACUUUUGUCAUGUAAUUAAAAAAAAUCACAAUACUGUUUUUAAAUGAUAAUUCAACAUAAUAAAACUAACAAACAAUUUAUACAGGA